AUGCGCAGACGGAGAGACUUUGAAUCACGAAACUAUCAACCUCAACACAACCGCAAUGGUUAUGAUACCAGAGCUACCGAAGCCACACACCACAGAGAUGUCCUCCGGCGGAUCGCAAAAGAGACACUCAAGGUUAUCCCAGAUAUAACAAAGCAACUAAGCCCAUCCAUAAAUGUCUACCACUCUACCAAACUUUCCUGUGAAGAUCUCCCCCGCCUCCAGCCUAGGUACUGUCCUGCUUUCCCCGAGCGUGCCUCCAUCAGGGUCCUGAAUGAGGACACUCUAAAUGCAGCCAUUCAAAUAUCUCAGUUCAUGCGGACUGGAGGCACCAAUCCCCAUCUUCACGAUCCGCGGCCCCUCAUCAUCAAUUUUGCCAGCUAUAAAAAGCCUGGUGGUGGUUGGUUGAACGGUGCUGUCGCUCAGAAGGAGGCAAUCUGCCACCGCAGUUCGCUGGCGGUAAGCCUUGAUGAGAGUGACUACCCAUUGGCACUGGAUGAGGCAAUCUACACUCCCUACAUAGUCGUCCUGCGCAGUGACAUGGCCUCCGGCUACAGACUGUUAUUUCCUCAUACUCCUGCAAAAGACCUCCCACUUUUCAGCACGAUAACCCUCGCGGCUAUAUACCGGCCUCGGGUGCAAACCUUUGAUGUGAAAGAUAACCAUGGUGGUGACUCUCGGUCCAGGCCGCAAUGGCGGAAGAAGCAGGUCUUCGCCCUCGACAGGCACCGCAACACCACCAAGGAUAAGAUGAGACUGGCACUCCGCAUUGUAGCGAUCCAUCGCCAUCGCCUACUUGUGCUUGGUGCGCUCGGAUGUGGUGUCUACGGAAAUCCACCCGAGGAUGUCGCCCACUGUUGGCUUGAGGUCCUGAAGGAAGACGAGUUCUCGGGCCACUGGUGGAAGGGGGCGUGGUUUGCGGUCUACGAUUCGAGGAAUGAGGGUAACUAUGCCACGUUCAAUCGUGUGCUGUCUGGCAGGCAGGUCUGA